AUGAAGACGGGUGCCUCUGCUGUCUUGCACGGCUUAGUCGGCCGCCCGGAGCUCAAUGGCAAGUCAGUGGUGUUGGAAGCGUGGCUGAAGCAGAAGGAACGCUGGACCUGUCGCCUGGAUGAUGGCACGGAGAUCAAUGUUCGCCCAGACAACCUCCGUCCGCCGAAGAAACGGAGAGGCACGCCGCCCCACGUGCCCGAAGAGCCGCCGCGGAAGGAGUCGAUGAGAGGCUUCUUCGAGCGGCAGAAGAAAGCUCGAGUGGUAGCGCAGGACCCCAUCAUCGUUGAGGACAGCAGCCCUGCAAGAGCUCCGAGGAAGCGGCCCAGCGCAGCUUCCACCGCGGACUUGCCUGCGGAGUCUGCCGUGAAGCCCUCGGGACCGUCGCCCUCGCCCUCGCCGUCGGUGAGUCCACGGCGGCGGGUCACGACGAAGUCGAGCGAAAAGACGGUGGAACAAACGUACCAGAAGAAGACCCAGCUGGAGCAUAUCUUGUUGCGGCCGGACAGCUACGUAGGGUCUGUCGAGCGACAGCAUCAGGAGCAGUGGAUCCUGACUGAAGAGCCUCUUAGUGCCGUCCUUGCGGUGCGGUCCGGUCCUCCUCAUGGGCCCAGGAUCGGAGACUUACACGACCUAGUGACCUAG